AUGGCUUCAAAUAAGCACCAUGUUAGAUCCAUUAGCUUGCCUUCAAGGUCUCAUCCAAGCACAGCUAGGGUUGAAGAACAGCUCAACAAGCUCAAAGCAAUGGAGGAGGGAGCUAGUACUUCUUCAAGUUCUCUUUCUCUUGGUCUAUUUGGACUUGGAGAGCUCUAUGAAUGUGUGGAUGAACUUCUCAACAUGGGGUCAACCCAACAAGUCCUAAGCCAAAGCCAACGUGAGAAAUGGGUGGAAGACUUGUUGGAAGGAUCAGUCAAGCUUUUGGACGUGUGUGGGAUCACAAGGGAUGUUUUGAUGCAAACCAAUGAGCGUGUUCAAGCCCUUCAAUCCUCCCUCAGGAGGAGAAAGGGAUCGGAUUAUUCGGGCGUCGAAAACAACAUCACAAGCAACACUUGCUUCAGAAAGAAGAUGAAGAAGGAUGUCAAGAAGUUCACUUCUACAUUGAAGCAAGUGGACAAGAAGUUUGAGGCUUCAAUAUUAGAGCAAGACAACAAUGACCAUCUCUAUGCUGUUGUAAGAGUUCUUAGACAAGUGUGUACAAUGAACAUCUCUAUCUUCCAAUCCCUCUUGUUAUUCUUGACUUUUCAAGGGUCAAAACCAAAAUCAAAGUGGUCUCUUGUUGCAAAGUUGAUGCACAAGGGUGUCAUAGCAUGUGAAGAUCAAGAGAAGCAAAUUUGUGUGAUUAAUGAGUUGGAAAAUGUUGAUGUUGCUCUUUGCAAACCAACAAUACUACUUGGUGAUGCUGAAAUGAUUCAAACAACUCAGAAGAGAUUAAAGGCUUUGGAAAAUAGCAUUCAUGGCCUUGAGAGUGGUUUGGAGAGUUCCAAAUUAUAUCCCAAACGAUCAAAAAUGCCUUCCUUCUCCCAAAAGCCAUCUUCCCGUAAUUACAAAAUUAGGUCCAUUACUUUGCCUGUCAGAUCCCAUCCCACCACGCAAAGAACAGACCAAGAACUUCACAAGCUUAAAGCUAGUGAGGCCGUAACAUUAUCUUCCCCAAAAGCAUCACAAAUACGCAACGCACUUUAUGGUCUUGGAGACUUGUACAAGUGCCUUGAGGACCUCCUUAGCUUGCCGUUGACAAGACAAGCUCUAGCCCAACACCAACAAGAGGAGUUGCUAGAUGACUCCCUCGGCUACUUGGACUUCUGUGGCAGCACAAGGGAAGCCGUUUCGGUAAUGAAAGAAGGCGUUAGGGAACUCAAGUCGGCGAUUCGACGGCGGAAGGUCGGAGACUCAAGCAUCGAGAGCAAUGUCACAACUUACAUGUCCUUGAGAAAAAGGAUGAAGAAGGGAAUUGAGCAAUCUUUCAAGCAAAUAUUGGAUCACAAGCAUGGAGGGUUUCCCCUACAUCAUCUUGAUACCCACUUGUGUGCCGUGGUUAGGGUGCUAAGAGAGGCAAGUUUUAUAACCAACUCAAUUUUUAGGUCGCUAUCUUUGUUCCUCUCAACUCCGCUUUUGAAAGCAAGGCCCGCUAGUAGAUGGUCUUUGGUUUCUAUAAUGGUCCAAAAAGGAGUAGCACUAGGAUAUCAUGACCAUGUCAAUAAUAUUCAAGAGAAAAUCAAUGUAAAUGAAUUGGAAAGUGUUGAUAUUGCACUUGGUAACUUGUUAUUAAUUAUGCAAAGUUCUUCAAGUGAUACUGAGGACUUUGAGGAUGAAAAGGUUCAAAUUGCACAGAAAAAGUUGGAUGAUUUGGAGGGUGUCAUUGAUGGACUUGAGAAUGGGUUGGAGUGCUUGUUUAGGCUUUUGAUCAAAAAUAGAGUCUGCCUCUUAAAUGUAAUUUCACAAUAGGAUAUGAUUGGUCCACCAUGUUUGUUAUUGUACCAAAUUUAUUCCCUUGAUGAGCAUCCGCAUUAAUUUAGAGGAUAUACGUAAUGCUGUGAUGUUUAACUUUAUGCAAAUUUUGCAACUUAUGUACAUGGAUCAAAUAUACAUUAUAUGUUUAUUCCUUCAAAAAAAAAUGUAUAUUUAUAUUGUAUGUUUA